GAAUAAAGUAAGAGCCUAACUAAAAUUCAACGGAUCGCACAGAACCAUCUACUAGUUUCAACUCCUCUUUAUUGGUGCCAUUUUCUGAAGCUUAGCACUGGUCUUUGUGAUAUUAUUCUUUGGUUUUUUUCUGAUCUUUCUGAGAUUGAACACUAAAGAAGAAGAAGAGAACAUGACGAAAGAUAGGAGCAUAGGAGUGGCCGUGGACUUUUCAAAGGGAAGCAAACUUGCUCUGAAAUGGGCCAUCGAUAACCUAUUCGAGAAGGGUGACACUCUCUAUGUCAUCCACAUCAAGGCCCCUCUAGGCAGGGAGUCUCGAAAUCAACUUUGGUCCACCUCUGGUUCACCUCUGAUUCCAUUGGUGGAGUUCCGUGAAAAGGAGAUCGUUUCAAAAUAUGAGGUUGACCUCGAUCCUGAAGUUUUGGAGUUGCUUGACACUGCUUCUAGGCAGAAACAGGUGACUGUCGUGGCAAAGAUUUACUUUGGGGAUGCAAGAGAAAAACUCUGUGGGGCAGUUGAAGAUUUAAGGCUUGACUGUAUAGUCAUGGGUAGCAGAGGCCUUGGUAGCAUCCAGAGGGUGCUCCUGGGUAGUGUGACCAGCUAUGUUGUAGCAAAUGCAAAUUGCCCUGUGACUGUCAUCAAGGAUCAAAGUCCACGUGGCAUUUGAGUCUAGUUUCAUGUGAACUUUGCAAGGGGCUUGAUUGUUUGGAAUAAGGGUGUUCUGUCUCUGUAUGCAUUCGCCUGCAAAAUGGGAUGAUACUUAGAGUUUACGGGCUCAUGUUAGUAAUGGUGGUUAAAUUAAAGGUGUGUGAGCAACAAUUUCAAAAUUUGCCGGGUAUUGAAACUUGAAAGUUAAUUUCUGUCUAAUUUCAGACUUUUGUAUAUCUGUUAUUUUACCUGGUUGUAUGGCUUGCUAUUAUUCA